GAAAAACGUUUAUUUUAAUUGGAAAAAAAGAAAACAAUAAAAGAAGAAGAAAAAGAAGGGGAAAAGUGAAAAAAGAAAUAGAGCAUUGAUCGAUGGAUUUGAAAAUGGAAAUGGAGAAUGGGAAAGGAGAAGAAUGAGAUUGUUUAAGGGCCUUACGUACAUAUAUAGUAAUAUGUCAAUCUGUGUUUGUGAAAAGGUCUUCAUUGGAUAGGGAUUUGGAUUUGAAUCUUUGAAACCAUCGACCAAGACCUUCGCUACCCCAUGGCAUCACCAGCCAGGGACACUUCUGUUCUUGUUGUUACACUCGAUACUGGUGAAGUGUAUAUCAUCGUCAGCUUGGCUUCUACGCUUGAUACUCAGGUCAUAUAUGUUGAUCCAACAACCGGUGCACUUCGUUAUAAUGCAAAUCUCGGUUUUGAUGUUUUCAAAUCUGAGAAUGAAGCUUUGGAUUUCAUUACUAAUGGAUCACGAUGGCUGUGCAAGAGUACAGUUUAUGCCCGGGCAAUUUUGGGCUAUGCUGCUCUUGGAAGCUCUGGCUUGCUCCUUAUCGCCACAAAGUUAACUGCCACCAUUCCCAAUCUUCCUGGUGGGGGUUGUGUGUAUACUGUCACUGAGAGUCAAUGGAUAAAGAUUCCACUUCAAAACCCUCAACCCCAAGGGAAAGGUGAAGUGAAGAAUGUUCAAGAAUUGGCGGAUCUUGACAUUGAUGGAAAGCACUACUUUUGUGAUACAAGGGAUAUUACACGGCCCUUUCCAAGUCGUAUGUCCUUCAAUGAGCCUGAUGAUGAAUUUGUUUGGAAUGGUUGGUUUUCAUUGCCUUUCAAAAACAUUGGACUGCCACGGCACUGCGCCAUUCUUCUGCAGGGGUUUGCAGAAUGUCGAAGUUUCGGAAGCUCAGGGCAACAAGAAGGGAUUGUUGCUCUUAUUGCUCGUCGUAGCAGGUUGCAUCCUGGUACUCGAUAUUUGGCAAGGGGAUUAAAUUCAUGUUCUAGCACAGGAAAUGAAGUUGAGUGUGAGCAGCUUGUAUGGGUUCCAAAGAGAGGUGGUCAGAGUGUUCCUUUUAACACAUAUGUCUGGAGACGAGGUACAAUUCCAAUGUGGUGGGGUGCAGAGUUAAAGAUUACUGCUGCAGAAGCAGAAAUAUAUGUUUCCAAUCGUGAUCCAUACAAAGGAAGUAUGCAAUACUAUCAGCGGUUAAGUAAGAGAUACGAUGCUCGGAAUUUUGAUGUAGCUGUUGGUUUGAGUCAGAAUAGAAAAGCUUUAGUUCCAAUUGUAUGCAUUAACCUCUUAAGAAGUGGAGAAGGAAAGUCAGAGGCCAUUUUAGUUCAACAUUUUGAGGAAUCUUUGAAUUAUGUUAGAUCAACAGGAAAUCUUCCUUAUACUCGAAUUCAUCUAAUUAAUUACGAUUGGCAUGCCAGUACAAAGUUAAAAGGUGAGCAGCAAACAAUUGAGGGACUAUGGAAACUUCUUAAAGCCCCCACUGUAUCUAUUGGCAUAUCUGAAGGAGAUUAUUUGCCUUCAAGGCAACGAAUUAAGGAUUGCAAAGGUGAAAUUAUCUAUAGCGAUAGCUUAGAAGGCGCCUACUGCUUAAGAUCACGACAAAAUGGAGUGACACGUUUCAACUGUGCUGAUUCUUUAGACAGGACAAAUGCAGCUAGUUACUUUGGUGCCCUCCAGGCAUUUAUGGAGCAGUGUAGGCGGUUGGGAAUAUCACUUGACAGUAAUUUGGCCUUUGGUUACCAGACAGUAAAUAAUUAUGGCGGGUACACUGCUCCUUUGCCACCAGGGUGGGAAAAAAGAUCUGAUGCAGUAACGGGGAAAGUGUAUUUUAUUGACCACAAUACUAGGACCACAACAUGGACGCAUCCGUGUCCAGAUAAACCUUGGAAAAGAUUUGGCAUGACAUUUGAGGAGUUCAAGAGGUCAACAAUUUUAUCACCAGUAUCCCAGCUUGCUGAUCUUUUUCUGCUUGCUGGUGAUAUUCAUGCCACACUUUAUACUGGUUCAAAAGCCAUGCAUAGCCAAAUCCUUAGCAUUUUUAACGAGGAUGCUGGUAAGUUUAAACAAUUUUCUGCAGCUCAGAAUAUGAAAAUCACCCUGCAGAGAAGAUAUAAAAAUGCAAUUGUCGACAGCUCUCGUCAAAAACAAUUGGAGAUGUUUCUUGGCAUGCGACUUUUUAAGCAUCUUCCCUCUAUUUCUUUGAAUCCUCUUAAUGUAGCAUCUCGGCCAUCUGGUUUCCUUCUUAAGCCAGUUGCCAAUAUGUUUCCAACUUCUGAUGGUGGAUCAAGUCUUCUGAGUUUCAAGAAAAAAGACCUAACAUGGGUUUGUCAGCAGGCUGCAGAUGUGGUUGAAAUUUUUAUCUAUCUUGGUGAACCUUGUCAUGUUUGCCAGCUUCUUCUCACAAUAUCCCAUGGUGCAGAUGAUUCAACUUAUCCAUCAACAAUUGACGUAAGGACAGGACGACAUUUAGAUGGUCUUAAACUGGUUUUGGAGGGUGCUUCUAUACCUCAAUGUGUAAAUGGGACAAACCUCUUGAUACCUGUAGCGGGGCCAAUUAAUGCAGAGGAUACGGCUGUCACUGGCGCAGGCACACGCCUUCAGGAUCAAGAUACAUCAGUCCUUUCAUUAUUAUAUGAUUUUGAGGAAGUAGAAGGUGAAUUGGACUUCCUCACCCGUGUAGUUGCAGUAACAUUUUAUCCUACUGAUUCUGGAAGAAGCCCUAUGACUCUGGGUGAGAUAGAAGUCCUUGGAGUUUCCCUUCCUUGGAGGGGCAUAUUAACAAAUGAAGGGCCUGGGGCAACGUUAGUUGAGAUUUCCAAAAACUUUCAAGAGGAAACAAAUCCAUUUCUGUCCAGUUCAGAAAUUAAUUCAUUUUCUGGUGCUUCAUCCCAUGAAAUUGUGUCAACCUCAGUGCAACCAAGUGCUUCUGGCAAUGAUUGGGUUGACCUUUUAACUGGAGGAGAGAGUUUCUCUGCUGAUCAUGUUGCUCAACCAGUGACAGUCAACACUUUGGACAAAGGAAGCGACUUGCUUGAUUUCUUGGAUCAAGCUGUAGUUGAAUAUCACGGCGGAGCUGAAAGUGAUAAAAAAAUCUUGCCUUCACAAGAUAGUAAGGCUUCUGUUAGCAGUUCAGAGCAGUAUAUAAGUUGUCUGAAAUCUCUUGCUGGCCUACAGUUGGAAAAAAAGCUAGACUUCGUAGAAGCAAUGAAGCUUGAAAUUGAACGCCUCCGCUUAAAUCUUUCUGCUGCUGAAAGGGAUAGAGCUCUGUUAUUGAUUGGAAUUGAUCCUGCUAGGAUCAAUCCAAAUCUUUUACUUGAUGAACGCUAUAUGGGACGAUUGUGCAAAGUUGCAAAUUCUCUUGCACUUCUCGGGCAGACCUCCCUUGAAGACAAAAUUAUAGCUUCUAUUGGUCUUGAGACAGUGGAUGAUGAUGUAAUAGAUUUCUGGAAUAUUAGUAAAAUUGGAGAUAGCUGCUCUGGUGGUAUGUGUGAGGUUCAUGCUGAAAGUGAUGCUGCUACACUCCCAUCUAUUAAUGUUUCAGCUGCAGGAGUCUCCCAGUCUGUCUUGUUUUGCUCCCAAUGCGAAAGAAAGGCAUGUAAGUUUUGCUGUGCUGGGAGAGGGGCUCUUCUACUUUCAAGCUAUAAAUCAAGAGAAGCCAAUAAUUACAAUGGUAUGACAAACCAAGGUGGAUCAAGCCAUGGCAGCCAAGUGGACAUAUCUACAAAUCGUUCUGUAGUGUUAGAUAGUGUUAUAUGUAAACGUUGCUGCCAUGAAAUUGUAUUGGAUGCCUUGAUCUUGGACUAUGUUAGAGUCUUGAUUAGCUUGCAUAGGAAUUCCCGUGCAGAUACUGCUGCAUGUAAAGCAUUGAAUCGGGUGAUGGGAUCUUCCUUAUUGGAUUAUGAUUCUCAGAGGAGUAAAUGUUCUGAUGGUCAUAGAUCAGUUAAAGUUUUAAGACAGUUACUUGGUGGAGAGGAAUCCCUUUCUGAAUUUCCAUUCGCCAGCUUUCUGCGCUCGGUUGAAACUGCGACAGAUUCAGCACCGUGCUUGUCUCUGCUUGCUCCCCUUGAUUCUGGAUCACGGCGAUCAUAUUGGAAAGCUCCUUCCACUACCACAUCUGUUGAAUUCAUUAUUGUUCUUGGUACUCUUUCUGAUGCCAGUGGGGUUAUUUUGGCUGUUAGUCCAUGUGGCUAUUCUGAGGCUGAUGCACCUACAGUGCAAAUCUGGGCCAGCAAUAAAAUAGAUAAGGAGGAAAGGUCGUGCAUGGGAAAAUGGGAUGUGCAAUCCCUGAUUAAGUCAUCUUCAGAAUAUUAUGGGCAAGAAAAUUUAGAUGAAGGAGGUAAAGUACCGAGACAUGUGAAGUUUGCAUUUAGGAAACCAGUUAGAUGCCGAAUCAUUUGGAUAACACUACGUCUUCCACGACCUGGCUCAAGUUCUUUUAACUAUGAGAACUUAAACCUUUUGUCUCUUGACGAAAACCCAUUUGCACAAGUAAGCAGGCGUGCCUCAUUUGGAGGAUCAGUUUCUAGUGAACCCUUCCUUCAUGCCAAAAGGAUACUUGUAGUGGGGAGCUCAGUGAAAAAAGAUGUUGCACUUGCAUCAUCUCAAAGCUCUGAUCAGUUAAAUAUGAAAGGGUGGUUGGAUAGAGCUCCACAAUUAAACAGAUUCAAGGUUCCCAUUGAAUCUGAAAGGCUAAUGAGUAACGAUCUCAUCUUGGAACAAUUUUUGUCUCCUGCUUCACCUUUGCUUGCUGGAUUUCGGUUAGAUGCUUUCAGCGCAAUAAAGCCUCGGGUAACUCAUUCACCAUCUUCAAAGGCGCAUAUCUGGGAUACAUCACUAACAUUGUUAGAAGACAGAUACAUCACUCCAGCUGUUCUGUAUAUCCAAGUGUCUGUUCUUCAGGAGCCUCAUAGCACGGUGACCGUUGCUGAAUAUCGGUUGCCAGAAACAAAGGCCGGUACCAUAAUGUAUUUUGACUUUCCUAGACAGAUUCAAAGCCGCAGGAUUACAUUUAAACUUCUUGGAGACAUUACAGCAUUUGCAGAUGACCCAACAGAACAAGACGAUUCUGGCUUUGGGUCUCCAAUAGCCACAGGGUUGUCUUUGGCCAACAGAAUUAAGUUGUACUACUAUGCCGAUCCAUAUGAACUUGGGAAAUGGGCUAGUCUCUCAGCUGUUUGACUGACAAUAAUUUGAAAGGAAAAGGGAAAAGAAAAAGAGAAAGAGAAAGAUUUGUGAUUGGUUUUGACAGUAUUAUGUCUUACCAGUAUUAUUUAUAUAUUAUUUUUGUCAUCUGCCAAAAAAUGUAUCUUUUGCACAUUCAUUGGUGUAAUUCUAGAAGGAGGUGGUAUUGGAGAGGGUUUUUUUCUUUCUUUUUCAUCAUUUUGGGUUGGGGGGGUAUCUUUUGUGCAAUAUGAAAUUGGUGAGACAAACUAGCUGUUCCACAUAAUAUCUUUUUUAUGUAUUACAUUUUAUUUUUCUUAA